AUGAACGAAGUGGUUCACGAAGGAAAAAAAGGAUGUAUAAGUGGAAACUGCGGUAGAAGUCAUGAACGUUUAGUUUGUUCACUUUGGCAAGAGGACCAGAAUUAUGGCAGGGUCUAUAAACCUCGUACUAUCGUAUUAGAAAACAGUAAAAGGCAAUUAGGAAAUAUUUUGGAAGAUAUUUGCUCCGAUUUAACUAAAAUUUGCUACACGAUCUCAGACAGCAUUGAUACGGACAGGCAUGUUUUUUUGCGCUCACUAAGUGUAAAGGGUACCGUAGAUGAAGCUGAAACUUUAGUUGCUCUCAAAGUUCCAUCAGGAAAAACUGUUUUAGCUGGAAAUAAAGCUAUUCAAAUGCUUUGUUGGGUAACAUAUUUUGAACCAAUUUUAGAGUUAAUCGAUUCUGAUGCUACACAGUCGGACACUCGGAAAUGGGAAGUACAACAUUUGCAACCGCAGGCACAGUACAUUGCUACGAUGAUUGUGGCUUCAUUUGCGACAUCAGCUCUGAGUUUUAAUGCAGGAAAUAAUUUAAGUUCUAAUGUGGUCUUAAUUGGCCUUGGAGGAGGCAGCUUGUCGAUGUUUUUGCGAGAAAAAUUUACUAUGGUGAAUGCUACAGUAAUUGAAAUUGAUCCUACAGUCACGAGAAUCGCGCAGCGUUGGUUCCAAGCAGUCAACGAUAGCGGUCAUCUUAUCAUCGUUGGAGAUGGGAGGAGAUUUUUGGAAGAUGCGGCCAGCAAAGGACAACGCUUCGAUGUCAUUUUCCUCGAUGCCUGUGGAUCUGACAAACUCCUGUCUUGUCCUUUGGUUGGUUUUUUAGCCGACAACGUGUUAAUGACGAUUGCUGCAAGAAUUUUGAGUCCAUCAGGUGCUUUUGUUUUCAACCUGCUUUCUGAGGCAGACGAAGAGAUGGUUUUUGAAAUGGUUUCUUAUUUUGAAGUCUCUCAUUUUUACCUUUUUAUUAUUAGUUUCGUUCUAAAACGUUUUGGGAUGGUUUCAAGACUGAUAGAAGAAGCAAAUACUGUUGUGGCUUGCAUUCCGAGUAAAUCUACUCUCCCAACUUUUAGCCAUCCUGAAUUUGCUGGCCGGAGCCAGAGGCUGUGGAAAGACUUUGAAUUUGAUAGGAUUUUUGGUGAUGAUGAGCAGUUUACUAUAGUUAACAACAAAAACUAA